UAACGGGGAAGAGAAGCCAUGUGUUACUUCAGCAUAAUAGUGAUAAUAUUCGAUAGUUUUGUGUUGUGAAGUGUCAGUGAGUUCUCCGACAUGCAUUGGAAGCGUGACGUUCAACUGUUGCUGCUUUUCGCCCAUUUGUCUGGAGUUAUUCUGGUGGCUGGCAUGUCCGAGGUAUGGGUGGAGCUGCGCGCGCCACGGUUCGUGGUGCACCACCACAGCGCGGUGCUACGUUGCGACCAUAAUGUCGACCCGGAAUCUCUUUACAAGGUGGUGUUCUUCAAAAACGGUCAACGUAUCAUGAAGUUCGUUAGAGGGAGGGAUCCCCCUUUCGAGCUUUAUAACAUCACCGGCACUGAGAUUAAUCUAAUAAAGUUGUCUCCGACAUCUAUAACCCUGGAGCGACUGGACUUCUCAGCGUCGGGACCCUACGCCUGUGAGAUCGCGCUAGAAACACCUUUGUACUCUAAAGUAUCGAAAAUACAUGAAUUGAAUGUCAUUGUUCGUCAGAAAUACCGUCCAAAGAUUAAAAUAAAGCACAAAAAGCUGUCUUCAAAUGAUCACCUGGAAGCGACGUGUCAGAGUGCGCCUGCGCACCCAGCGCCCCACCUCACCUGGUUUAUUAAUAAUAACAAGGUAGACGAAAGUCUAACAAUACCGUACGGGACGAUGAAGGUUCACCGUCACCACCACGGGAUCCCGCUCUCCAUGACCAACACAUCCCUGCACUUCCCGCUGACGAACCUUCAAUUGUUCCCCAACCAGACGGUGGAGAUCACCUGUCUUAGCACCAUACCUAGUUACGCGAGCAUGGCCGAGGGGUUCGCUGAUGUCCAGAACAGUACGGUCACAGUCAACGUGGUUCGCAUCGAACCGGCGCCAACUCAGCUGCCAGUCAAAAUCGUUAGUUCGCAACUGAAUAUAUCAGCUCGGUGUCAUGUAGAAAGUACACUGGUUGUUUUAGUCAUAUUUGUGUGCCAUAUUUACUCCUAAACUUGGAUGUGACGUAUGUAUAUUGUAGCAUAACAUCUGUCAAAUUUGUUCUGAUGUAAGGUUGACGGUAACGUUGCUUGGUAAUGCAUAGUGAAUGUUUCAUAAAGGCUGAUCCAUAUUGCACGGCGUGGGGUUUACGUUUGUUUCGAAUGGCUCCAAUUCGCCGCAGAUUGCGUUGCAUUAAAACGUACCGAGCAAUAACACGGGAGCCUUUAUAACACAUGCACAAUUAACUCCUGGUGUUUGAUAUUCGCUAUGUUGCCACAUUCUGUAUGAACAUUACGAACGAAUGUUACUAGGACGUAUUUUAUGAGCUUAGCCAUGUAUAGUAUCGAUGCAUGGGCACAGAAUAUAUGUAGUUUGUUUAUUGAAAAAUACUGUGGUGCUAAAAACCGAUGUUUUGGAAAAAUACGACCUUCAAAUAAAAGCAGCAGAUUGUAGAAAAAAUGAAAACUAUUCCAAUGAUGUCAUUAUAAAACUUGGUUUGUUCAAAAAAUCAAUAGUUUUAUUUCUUUACUGACAAUAUGGCAUCGCGUGCGUCUAAUUGUUCCUUGCGUUAGGUACGAUUUGACAGGUGUUAUAAUAAAAUUAUGAAGAAACAUGUCGAUAUUAAUCUAUUUUUAAUUGGUGUAAUACUUCAUAAGAAUUUUAUUACAAUAUUGCUUUGACCUAUUUUUUCAAGUUUUUCUUUAUUUUGUACUUUAGCUUAAUAGCGCUGCGGCUAUUGCAAACGUGCCAUUUGGACAAAAAUUACUUAUUUAUAUUUAACGCCAUAGAACACGCAAAUUAUUCAGAUAAAAAACAGUAAUUUGAGCAACAAUUUCAUUCUAAUUUUCCAAACAAUGAAGUUCGGUAACAACUCAAUUGCCGACAUCAGUCGACUGUUCGCUUCACAGCUACUAAAUCAGUUCAAAUAACUUUUAAUAACGCGAUUCCAUUUGCAAACAAAUAUUAAUUUAAUCAACGCUAGUUAUAAUCUUAUUAUGGUUAUUUAAAGUAAAUCCCUUCAAAACACAGGGCCAAGGCAACGUUUAUAAUUAUUCGAGUCGCCAAUAUCAAAGUUGGCGCUCUAAUGAAGAACGGCAUGGAAGUUAUUUAGAAACUUCGCUGCCAUCAGCCUGAACUAAAUUCCGACGCCUUUAAUACAAGAUUUUAGAGUGGCGGUUUUAUUAAAAUGGACACAGUAAUAUAUUUCAGAAAAUCUGAAACACCCGUGUUUUAUAUGCACACGUAUAUAAACUGUAUGGCGAUUAAUAAAAACGAGCGCUCAACAACGUUACUGGGCACUAGUUAAUGGUGUUAUUCGAAGCUAAAAAUACAGUGCGAAGUGUACGUACACUGAACAUGGAAUAAAUGUGAAUUUUUAUAUCAAACUUUAUUGCCAUGUUAUUUUUAGCUGCACGUUUUAAUUAUGUUGCAGACUUUGAAAAAGGAAUCCACGACCAAACGUUUGUCCAUUUGAAUUUUUUACAAGAUGGCUGACAUUUUCUACGCGACUUUACGUUUAGAUAAAACCUUUAUCGAUGAGCUUUUCUGCGCUUCUUUGUAUCUUUUGUAUAUUUAACUAUUAACUUAUGUAUGCGCAAUUAUGAGACUGAAUUAGGAUGUUAGAUAUGUAAAUGACCCGAUUUGACACCCACCUAUCAAAUUGCUAGAGCCCAUCAUUGUCCAUUUUGUAAUAUAAAUUAUAAUAUAAUGGCUAAGCCAGAGACAGUAAAAGCGUGUAAGGAGUCACAAGUUUUGAAUAAUUGCGUGACUAUGAAUAUAUUGCAUUGGCUUUUACAUAUCAGUAGUAAAAUAUACAUGAACGUGAGUGAUUCUCUUUGUCGUCUUCUAGGCUUAGAAUCUUAUGGAACUUUUUAACAUAGAACGUAAUAAAUGUAAAUAAAAUAAAAAUCCUAUUAAAAAUCGUGAAUAGAUAUCUGUUAACAGUUUAUUUUCUCAUUCUCUGAUAUAUCUGUGUAUUGCUUGUAGUGUUAGGUUAAAACUUAUGUUAAGCUAGAAGAAAUCGAUUAAAUUGUAAAUUGCUCUUAAAUAUUAUAUUUAGCCCUUCAAAAUUAUUCCACAUUUUUUAUAUUUUCUUCUUUCGUUGGCUACCCACGGUAUCGAACUAAGUUUUGGAUUGAGAUAUCUCAAUUCUUAAGUAAAACAUAAUUAUGUCGAAUGUCAUCAAUAUGUGAAAAUGUAAAAUAUAUUAUAAUUUUUGCUAUUUAUAUUUGAAAAUGCGAUGACGUCAAUUGUUUUAAAUAAUUAUUAUAAUUAUAUUGGAAUAUAAAUGGAAGCGUCAAAACUCGCUGAGAACAUGAUAUGGUGGAUAAGACAUCGCGCAAUUUAUGCCUUUUAAAAGAGAAAAAAAUAUGCAAUGUAAUGUGCAAAUAAACAAUCAAAGAUAAAUACUUUUUGAAACUAACGCCGGAUAGUAGAUAUCAAAAUUAACGGAUAUUAUGAAUAAGACUACCUAGAAAUAGCUGGGUGUAGUUUAUCGAUUGAACAUAAAUAAAGCUCAGAUAUGUUUAUCUACUGAAAGGUAAAAUAGUUUACUGAUUUCCCUAAUUCACAAAGCAUUAAAAUAAAUAACUACAAAAAUACAACCCUUCCCAACACAAUUUUCCUACCCAUACACAUUUAUUUCCCCUUUACUACAUACCACACACAUCCACAUAGCUGAUGCACUCGCUCGGUACUGAAAUCCAUGUACCAUAGACAAAGCCGUCCCGAUCUCUGUGGGACGUGCGGCGUUAGCCCGACUCUGCAUACAUGACGCGCCGCCUAAUGAUCUAGCAAUCAUUGUGUGCAUCCAGCAUUCUGAGUUUGAAAGCGACAUUCGAAAACCACAUUCUAAUUUUGAACAUGUAACAUUUGAAUUGCAAAAAGAAUGUCAGUUGCAAACCAUAUUCUAAUUUUAAAAGUAAAACAUUUGAAUUGGGAAAAAGGUUCUGUUGUAACAUUGCAUUGUUUUGAUUUUCGAAAAGUAUAUUCUAAUUUUGAACAUGAAACAUUUGAAUUGAAAAAAAGAACAUUCUAAUUUUGAAAAUAAAAUAUUUGCAUUGCGAAUAAAAUGUCAGUUGUAGCUAACAAUGCAUUGUUUGAUUAAAUACACAUUCUAUGCAUAGAACAAGCAUAAUUUUCAUAAAUUAAAAUAAAUAUUUUAGGUGUGUUAUGCAAAAAACUACUAAAGGCACGUUGCGCGAUGGAAUAUUUUGUUAAUGAGAAACGUUAAGGAGCAAUUGUGUAACAAAAACAUAUCAUGAUAAGGAGUGAGUAUUUAUAAACAAUUUUAUAAAUGUUGUCAAAAUGGAGAGGCUUGCGUCAUUUCGUUUGUAUUAAAAUUUAUUGUAAAUGUUUAAUAUGGAAAAAUAUCUGUAUCUCAAUGUUUUCUUGCGCCAAACUAAAUGGUUAUUGAAAACAAAAUUGAAUGUAUUGUAUAAAUAUAUCAGGACGACUUAAUUUGAACGUAAUUUCGUGUUAGCAAAGCUUAAAGCGUACAUAAGGUAGAUAAUUAUUGUGUGUAAAACUUAUUAAAAUGUAAAUAAAUGCUAAAUUAUGUAGGAUAAAAACAUUCUGUGGAUGUAUCAUUGGAACAUAAUAACUGUGUUUAGUGUUUGUCGUAUCGUUUUUCUGUUCAAUGUCCGUUAUUCGAUUUCAUAAUAAACUCCUCGAUGUUUUGUUAGUAUUUUAGCUUUGAAAACUUUCCAGAGAGUUUCAACUUGUACUGAAAGACCAAUAAACUUCAAAGGAAUUGAAUCCGCUGAUUAAAUAAAAUAAAAGACAGUUAUAGUGAACAGAUUUGCUAAAACAGACUAAAAUAAUAAUUCUCCCUCAAAAUAUUACAUUUCAAAUCUAUUAAAAAAGCAAAGAAAAAUAUCAAAGGCCUUUUUUUAGUUUCAGCCCUUUUUAAACAUUUGGAAAUCGUAUUGUUUCGACGAAUGAAACCAAUUAGAAUGAAAAGAAAUGUAAUACCCCAAUAAGUAACGUACUAAGAUAAAUUCUAUAAAUAAAAUGCUUACUGAAAAAUUAAUAUUGUGACCUUAGGACUUGCGUAAUUUACUAAAGACGUUUAUUGCGAAAUACUGUCAAAACGUUCAACUGUCACUGUCAAAUCUGUUUGAUUAAAAUGGAACAGCAUAAUAAAUCCGAUGUAUUUAACGCUAGAUAUAUUAACUCUCGUAUUAAUAAACACGGAUUAAAGUUAAACCAAAGAAUAAGAAGAGAAUGUCUUUAAACUUUACUUCGUUUUUAUUAAUAAAGAGAUCUGUGAGUAGUUUCGUCUUACAAAAAGAAACGAUCCUUUUUUAUUUUUCAAAUAGUAAACGUACGUAGAUAUGACAUUUUACUAAUCUCAUGUCUCCUUCAUUUAACGCCACUAGCAUUAUGCCUAAUUAUUCUCCUUGUACCUAAAUAAGAGAUAACGAACGAUGUACCACAGGAGUAAAUACAACUAGACAUGCGUUUUACUUUCUCAGCGAACUAAUAAAACCCUCUUCUAUAAAAAUAUUCCAAUCCCAGUUCAGAUCUGAGCAAAUACGAAUAAGAAUUUGAAGUAUAAGUCGAUUUGCCUGUUCUAGCCAUUCCUUAGUCUACAUUUUCGUUUACUCCUGUGACUUUAAAACUGCAUUGAAAUCGAAAAGAUGAUUUACUGUAUUUUCUAUAUUGAUGAUGUAAUUCAUGCAGGCUAUCGAUGUCUUCCUUAUUGCUAUACACACUUUAUAUAAAUUUUAAGUCUUAUUGUAAGUUAGAUUUUAUAUUGUAAUAGUUGUAAUGGAUUUCAGAGAACCGGGUAUUUGUUCAGUAUAUGUUGCUUCAUAGGAAUUUAUGAUGAGGCUAAUUGUCAACUGCGCAUUAAAUAUUUUGCGUAACCCCGACUUUACACUUGUAAGUAACUUCCGUAAUUUGUAAGAAGUUCUAAGAAAUUACGAUACGUGACUUACGAAGAAGGUCUACAUUUAUCCUAAGUUAAUUACGUAAGCUACUUACGUGACUUACACUUACAGGUGUAAAGCCGGCCUUAUGGUAGGUUUUACUAUUCAUAUAAUUUACCCUCCCUAUAGGAUUAAUUGUAUAUAAAUGUGAAAUAUAUAUUUCGAAUGUAAUUUAUUUAUGAAGAUGUUUUUAUUCGAUUCACUUUAGCUGGUAAAUUACCUCCUUUCUCCUGUAACUUGUUUUUAACAAUCUUUUUUAUAUUACACGGGGCUGAAAAACCUAUCCUUUCGAUAUACUCGAUGUGUAUAAUAACGUUACGCAUUUGUAUAGUAAAGCAGGGCAUAACCUAUUCUCGUUUUUAUUAUAUGUAUGUAUUGACCUUUCUCAUCCAUCAUAUUAUUAUUCUUAAAAAUCGAACCUGAGUAUGCCUGUACAGCUCCGUGUCAUAUAUCUGAGUUCUUAGACAAAAUACGCACUAGGCAUUUCAACUGCUGAAGUCAGCUUCAAAGUUAAGUCAAAUGCUCGUUAGACAGCGUUUCUUCAAGGAAGAUUAGACGCUGCAGUUUUUUUUGCCUAGUGCGUUAACCCCCCGAUACCUUCUAAGUUGAAAUCAAAUACUUGUUAGCAAAUCCAAUAGUAGAUAAUGAAUAAAUGUUAUUAUUAUAAUAUAUCAUGUGUUUCGUGUGACAGUCUGUUGCGCUGGAUUUGUAUGGAAAAUUAUGUCUAAUAUUUACAAGAUGUGAAAUUUUAUCUCUUUAUAAUAUAAAUGUAUUACACGUUGGUUUACACAUAAA